UGUGUGACUCAAACGAGAGAGUUGGGUGGAAGAUAAUACCCAGGUUCUUUACAUAGUCGCCUUGUGUAAUUGUUUGGUUGUCAAAUGUUAAGGUGGUAUUAUUAAAUAGGUGUCGGUGUCUAGCAGGACCGAUAAUCAGCAUUUCUGUUUUCUUAGCGUUGAGAUAGGCUCCAGCCGACCCCAAAAGGGACAAGCGUUAGGAAAUGGAUGGAUGGAUGGAGUUGCAAAAAGUUAGCGGACAUCCAUUGUUUAAUUUAAUUAAGACACGCCUCCAGUUGACUACAAUCCGGCGUGUUGGUCAGCUUUAGGGGCAUGUAGAGUUGGCUGUCAUCAGCAUAACAGUGAAAGCUAACACCGUAUUUGCGUAUGAUGUCACCUAGCGGCAGCAUGUAGAUGCUGAAGAGUGCAGGGCCAAGAACCGAACCCUGGGGAACUCCACACGUUACCUUAACAUACUCCGAGGUCACAUUGUUAUGGGAGAUACACUGCAUCCUGUCAGUAAUAUAGUUUAGUGAUGUUACUAUGUAUAAACAUAAAACAAUACAAUGUAUAUGGCUGAUUUACUGCGACAAAAACAAACCAGAAGUGCUAAUAACGGAUAUUAUAGAAGCGGAUAUCAUUGUUUACAUCCAGAGCUGCCAUCUUUAAAACGAACUCGGGCGUGGUCAGAAUGCUCCCACUUUCCGACUAGGAACUCGAGAAUUCCGACUUCCCAGUACAAAUGGAUCGCACCAUAAAAAAGACGACUGUUUUUGAUUGAUUGAUUGAAACUUUUUUUAGUAGAUUGCACAGUACAGUACAUAUUCCUUACAAUUGACCACUAAAUGGUAACACCCGAAUAAGUGUUUCAACUUGUUUAAGUCGGGGUCCACUUAAAUCAAUUCAUGGUAGAUUGUAACAGGAAGAAGUCCGGUGACCUGUGUUUUCUGUAAAUGUUGCCCCCAAAACAUUUCAGUUGAAUACUGAACAAAAUAAUGAUAGAUUUGACAUUGAAAAGCAUUCACAUGGCAAGAUUGAACCUUGGGUUUAAUUUGAGCAAAUAACUGAGUGUGUUUAUUGUCCGUGUCAGCAAACAAAGGAUGCAUUUGCUCCUGUGAGGCAGAAAGACAACAUUAUAACACUAUUGUGCUUCCAUAUGAGCCCCAUGCACAGCUGCCUCCCCUUCUCCCGUCAGCAUUGUUGGCAUCUGCGGAGAAAUGUCCCAUUGUGUUUUACAGACAUUUAGCCAAAAAAGUCACCGCUUCAAGGGUUGAAUGUUCUCAUUCAUUCACAUUGUGGAGCAGACAUUUUCUGGGUCAACCCAGCAGGUGCUUGAUUAACUACAAGGUGGAUAAAUGGCUGCAUUAGCACAAAGGAAGACACUUCUUCAAGACCACAUGGCUCCUUGUUUGUAGUGCAAAGGGUAUAUGUUACUAAAACCAUAUGGUCAUCAAGGAUGAAACCUGUAACAAUGGAAUCAAGUCAACUUUUGGGAUAAUAUCAAUGGAGAUUUGCUGCAAGGGCCUCAUUCAAUCACGUGUAUUAAUUCACGAUUCCUGAGGCUUCACGGUCUAAAUAAAGUUGGCUUUGUGCCUUUAAGAGCUCUGUGUACAUGCCUCUCUCAGAGCCUCAUGUGUUGGCAUCAGCUGUCCUCACUGCUGAAUAAAGCAAGGACGCCGUUGACAUCAGAGGGAUUCGGUGAAGAAAUUACCUUUUUCUUCCUUAGUUAUCUCAAAAUGACGGAAGACUGAGGAUCUCUCCAAAGAAAUAGACAUUAUCGCCUGGUUUCAGCAGUUUCGGACCCUUCUUGAACAUGACAGAACUACAGGAUCAGAUGAGGAGCACAUCUGUCAAUCCGAACAGCUCGAGGAGAGUGAGUAGCACAGAAGACUUCGGCCCCUGUCCCAUUCCCGGACUCGCCACAUCAGGCGUUCUCCACAUGAGAGUGAAAGAAGGAAGCAAGAUCCGCAAUUUGCUGCGCUUUGCCACGGCUCGCAUGCAAGGCGAAGGCAAAGACAGCCUCGGGACGUCGCCGAGACAGGUUGUCUUCACCGGCUCGGCCAGAGGGGUCACCAAGACCAUCACUUGUGCGGAGAUCUUCAAGCGUAAAGUGGGAGGACUCCACCAGGUGUCCAAGCUCUAUUACAAGACAGUGAAUGAGGUUUGGGAAAAUUCCCGACAUGGCGACGCAGGUGUGACCGUGCAGAGGACCGUCCCUGCCAUCUGUAUCUUGCUCUCCAAAGACCCUCUCAAUCCUCAGGAGCCUGGAUACCAACCUCCACAAACUGUUACCUCAGAGGACAUGUGUGGGACAUGUGGCGUCAUGCACAACACGCCUCAUGGUCCACCCUCAGCCAAGAGACUCUGCAUGGAAGAAUGCGUAUGCUCCUUCACCUCCUAAACCAGGAAUAUUGUUUUGGGAGCCACAUUUCCAAAAAGCUAAAGACCGGGGGCCGGACUUCGCCCUUAACCAUUAGUCUUAUUUGAAAAACGACUUCUACAGAAGAUAUUUGAUUUUGGUCUAUUUAUUGUGUCAGAGUUACAGGAGUGCUCUUAAAUUUUUUGGGAAUCUUCAGCAAAAAUGUGGAUCUCUCGCCAGUUCAAUAGCUCAAAUUAGGACAUAAAAUGGGCCCUUAAGGCAGUGUUUUUCAACCUUUUGUGAGCCAA